CUCGGUGACGAGAUCACAUCGCGCGCGUCUGCGCACUCGGCCCUGCGUUUGUUAUUGGCGCGAAGUUAACAGGGAAGACCGUGGGGGAGAUGGAGCCCAAAUCGGUUGACUCGUCGCCAACGACAUAAACCGACGUACUGGGCGGUAUUCCAGCAGCAAUAGAACGAGCAGUAGCAUGGAUAUCCGGAAAUUCUUUGGAGUUGUAAUUCCCGGAAAGAAACAUGGAUGUGACCCUGCCAAAAAGAAUGAGAAAUCCUCAAAUAAGGAGGGGACUUCAGGCAAGAAGACAAAAUUGAAGGAAAUCAAGGUGAAGAAUUCAUCUCGUGAAGAGGAUUCUAAACACAAACAGGUGAACAAGAAAAAAAGGAUAAUCUAUGAUUCAGAUUCUGAGGAGGAGGUGGAAUUGGUGAAAAAAUCUAAGAAGCCACCAGAUAGAACACAGUCUUCAAAGCCUGAUAAGAUUCUAAAAAAGGACCCUGUUGUUUAUGUUUCAGAGACAGAUGAAGAUGACGAUUUAGUAAAUAAGAAGGUUUCCCAAAAACCCAAGGAGAAUGGUACAUCUGCAAGCACUCAUCCAGGAACAUCUGGACCAUCAAAGGCAGACCCCAAACCAAAAAUAAAAAGUAAACCUGUAUCUCCAGUAAAACUAACACCAACCUCUGUAAUUGAUUACUUUGGAACUGGUAGCAUUCAGCGAUCAGAGAAGAAACUGGUGUCAAGCAAACGAAAAGAACUCUCACAAAGCAGGGAUUCCACACUAGAUGAUGAGGCUAUUGCCAAGCAGCUACAGCUUGAAGAGAAUACAGAGCUGGAAAGGCAGCUGCAUGAAGAUGAAGAAUUUGCCCGAACUCUGGCCAUGUUGGAUGAAACACCAAAGAAGAAAAAGCCUCGAAAAGAUCCAGAAGAGAAACAGAUAACUUUUACAUCCAAAACUAGUCCAGAUGAAACAGAAAAGCAUAAGCAGUCUCUCAAAGCAAAACCUGCCAGUUCAGCUCUUGACACGAGAUCUUAUUCUGCAAGGAACCAGAUUUGCUCAGAAAGUGCAAGAACACUGAGUCUGCACCCAGAGUCUUCUGGUAGCAAAGAGAGGAAGGAUUCCAAGCUGGCUGCACUGAAGCAAAAAGCAGAAAGCAUUAAAGUAGAAAAUGGAACUCCAAAAGGAGAGAAUAUAAAAAAAGAAAGUAGGACUCCAAAAGGAAAGACGGUUUCUUUAGAGGCGGAGGAGGAGACGCCCAAGAAGGAGAAGGUUUCACCCCAAACUUCUAAGUCUGUAAGUCCCGAGGACUCUGAAAAGAAGCGAGCCAACUAUCAGGCUUAUAGAACUUUCCUUAACCGAGAAGGUCCAAAAGCUCUUGGCUCUAAAGAGAUACCACAAGGUGGUGAAAAUUGCUUGGAAAGUCUGACGUUUGUGAUCACAGGUGUUUUGGAAUCUAUUGAACGCGAUGAGGCCAAAUCUCUAAUUGAGCGCUAUGGGGGGAAAGUCACUGGUAACGUCAGCAAGAAGACGAACUAUCUCAUUAAGGGUCGUGACUGUGGCGCGUCUAAGUGUGAAAAGGCAUCAGCUUUAGGGACAAAAAUUAUUGAUGAAGAUGGUUUAUUUGACCUGAUUCGGAGUAUGCCAGGCAAGAAGUCAAAGUAUGAAGUGGCAGCUGAAGCAGAGGCGAAGAAAACAAAAUCCACGUGGGAGAAAACCCCACCAAAAGCUGAAGCGGAAAAAAGGAAAAUGAGCCCACUAAAGAGAGAGAGUGAACCCAAGAAGAAAAAAUCCACUCCUGAGAAAGGUGAGACCUUCAGAUCCAUCAAGACAGAGACAACAGAAACAAGGAGAGGUCUGGACUUUGAUCAGAGAGGCGCGGAGAAAAAGCAGGUUCCAAAGGAUGCCGGGAGCCCAGUUCAAGAAACCAGUAAAGGCGGAGCAGAGGUAUUAUUAUGGGUUGACAAAUACAAGCCCACAUCCCUCAAAACAAUCAUUGGGCAACAAGGCGACCAGAGCUGCGCCAAUAAACUCCUACGUUGGCUUCGAAACUGGCACAGGAAUACUUCGCAGGACAAGCAUGUAAAGCCUAGUAAGUUUGGAGUCAAAGAAGAUGGUGCUAGUGCCAAAGCAGCUUUGCUCUCUGGGCCUCCUGGAGUUGGCAAAACAACGACUGCUUCACUAGUUUGUGAGGAACUGGGUUUGAGCUAUGUGGAAUUAAAUGCCAGUGACACUCGCAGUAAGAAGAGCCUGAAGGAAGUGGUUGCAGAAUCUCUAAAUAACACCAGCAUUAAAGGAUUCUGUUCAGGAACAUCAUCUUCAGUCAGCACAAAGCAUGUCCUAAUUAUGGAUGAGGUGGAUGGAAUGGCUGGCAAUGAAGACAGAGGAGGAAUACAGGAACUGAUCGACCUGAUUAAGCAUACAAAGGUUCCAAUAAUUUGUAUGUGUAAUGAUCGGAAUCAUCCAAAGAUUCGUUCUCUCGUCCACUAUUGUUUUGACCUUCGCUUUCACAGACCACGUGUAGAACAGAUCAAGGGAUCCAUGAUGUCCAUUGCCUUUAAAGAAGGUUUAAAGAUUCCGCCGCCAGCGAUGAAUGAAAUCAUUUUGGCAGCUAAUCAGGAUAUCAGACAAGUUUUGCAUAAUCUCAGCAUGUGGUGUGCAAGGAACAAAACUCUGACUUAUGAUGGCAUCAAAGAGGAUGCCAGCAAAGCAAAAAAGGAUAUCAAGCUGGGCCCUUUUGAUGUUGUCAGGAAGGUUUUUUCUACUGGCGAGGAGACAUCUCACAUGUCCCUUUUAGACAAAUCAGACCUGUUCUUCCAUGAUUACUCUCUAGCUCCACUCUUUGUCCAGGAGAACUACAUACAUGUCACACCAUCUGCUGCAGGGGGUAACAUGAAGAAACACCUGAUGUUACUUAGCAAAGCAGCUGACAGUAUAUGUGAUGGUGACUUAGUUGAUCGGCAGAUUCGUAGUCGACAAAACUGGAAUCUUCUACCUACACAGGCCAUUUAUUCAAGUGUCCUCCCUGGGGAGCUGAUGAGAGGUUACAUGCACCAAUUUCCCAAUUUUCCAUGCUGGCUGGGCAAAUUUUCAUCAACAGGAAAACAUGAUCGUAUAAUUCAAGAGUUGACCAUGCACAUGAGCCUCAGGACACAUGCAAGCAAGAGAGCAGUAAAUUUGGAGUAUUUGCCAUACCUACGAGAUGGAAUUGUGAAACCUUUGACUUGCCUGGGAACAGACGGGGUACAGGAUGCUGUAGCAUUUAUGAAUUCUUACUGCUUGAUGAAGGAAGAUGUUGAAAGCAUAAUGGAAGUAACCUGUUGGGGAGGCAAGCCUGGUGCAUUUUCUAAAGUAGAUUCCAAGGUUAAAUCAGCUUUCACACGAGCCUAUAACAAAGAGGCUCAUCUUACACCAUAUUCACUGCAAAUAGCGCAGAAGACAAAGCGGCGAGCAGGGUCUGCAGUGGAUGAAGAACUGGAAGCUGAAGAAAUCCAGUCUGAGAAUGAGCUAGAGACUAUCGAAAAUGAUGCAAUGAUUAAGAAAAAGACCAAGACAGUCAAGCAACCAAAAGCAGAAAGAAACGAAGAAACUAAGAAGGGAAAAGCAAAGAAAAAGUCUAAAUAAAUUGUUCAGUGCUGACAAACCAGCGAUACAAACUUUACAGUAAUGUUACUUUGUGCUGGGGUGCUGAUAAAAUGAGUGGGCUGGAAAAGCCCCUCUUUGAAGUGAUGUGACUGUCUUGUUGUGUUACCACUACAUGAGAAUGACAAUGUGUAAUAUACUGACUAGAUCUAAAUGUGAUUAAAUGCAAUCUCAUGUCUAAUGGUUUGUGUAAAUAUGAGCAGUGGCUUAGCGGCAUAUAACAAAAAUAAGCUCUGGCCUUUGGCAUUUAUUCUAUACUUCACCUUUGCAAACUAGUAUUUUCUAAAACAGCCAUUAUGUUGUUGGACCUUGUAUAUAAUAUAUAAUGAGCAAACCUAAAUUUCAGUAUUUCUUUUGUACGUUAUGAGAAUGCAGCAAUGUGUAAAAGUUGCAAUAAAGCUAGUUCCCUAUUUUUAACUAA